AUGGGCAAGACCAUACAGCGGUAUCACAGGACAGAUUACAGACUAACUCCCAAGAUAUUUGCAGGGUUGAUUCAGUUACAGCUGGGCUCAUUUGCUCGCACAGCUAAAUAUGAUCUUGCCACAGAAGUAAUCUCCUCUGACUGUCAAGGGAAAAAAUGUGAUGAGCCACUGGUCUCUGGACUCUCUCAUCAAUCCUUCAAAAGCUCAUCGAUUAAGGCUGUCAGUUAUGCUCCAGGUUACGCCAAACUCAACAGACGAGACGGUGCUGGUGGUUGGUCACCUUUGGACAGUGAUCAUUAUCAAUGGCUGCAAGUGGAUUUUGGGAACCGAAAACAAAUCCGCUCAGUUGCUACACAAGGCCGAUACAGCAGUUCUGACUGGGUAUCUCAAUACCGUAUGCUAUACAGUGACACAGAAAGAAACUGGAAGCCAUAUCAUCAAGAUGGAAACAUAUGGGCAUUUCCAGGAAAUGUUAACUCAGAUACUGUUGUUCGGCAUGAUUUGCAACAUCCAGUGAUUGCACGAUAUGUACGUUUUGUUCCAUUGGACUGGACUGGAGAAGGACAAAUAGGGUUAAGGAUUGAACUCUACGGAUGCCCAUACUGGGCCGAUGUCAUCAAUUUUGAUGGUAGCGCUGGUUUAUCAUAUCGAUUCAAAAACAAGAAGAUGAAAACUCUAAAAGAUGUCAUCUCUCUAAAAUUCAAGAGUUCAGAAAGUGAAGGAGUACUCUUUCAUGGGGAAGGGCAGCAAGGGGACUAUAUCACGUUGGAACUGAAGAAAGCAAGACUCGUCCUCCAGUUAAACCUAGGCAGCAACCAGUAUGGAUCUAUUUAUGGUCACACAUCUGUAACUUCGGGAAGUCUUCUGGAUGACCACCACUGGCAUUCUGUUAUUAUUGAACGCCAUGGAAGAAAUAUUAACUUCACUCUUGACAGACACGUUCAACAUUUCAAAACAAAUGGAGACUUUGAUUACCUAGACUUGGAUUUUGAGUUGACUUUCGGAGGUAUGCCAUUCUCUGGAAAGCCUAGCUCAAGCAGUCGGAAAAACUUUAAAGGUUGUAUGGAGAGUAUCAACUACAAUGGAAAUAACAUUACUGAUCUUGCACGAAGAAAGAAGAUGGAUCCAUACAAUGUUGCCAAUUUAAGUUUUACCUGUGUUGAGUCACACACAGUGCCGGUCUUUUUCAAUGCUACCAGUUAUUUAGAAGUUCGUGGUCGUCAAGCUGAAGACAUCUUGUCAGUCCAUUUUCAGUUUCGUACUUGGAAUCCUAGUGGGCUUCUUCUCUUCAACACCUUUGCUGAGGAAUUAGGAAACAUAGAGAUUGAUUUAAUUGAUGGAAAAGUCAGUGUCCACAUUAACAUAACCAAGUCCAAGAAGAAUCGUAUUGACAUCUCUUCAGGUUCUGGUCUCAAUGAUGGCCAAUGGCAUGAAGUACGGUUCAUGGCUAAAGAAAACUUUGCUGUUUUAACAAUUGAUGGUGAUGAGGCUUCAUCUGUAAGAACAAAUAGCCCUCUUCAGUUCCAGACUGGAAGCAGCUAUUUCUUUGGAGGUUUCUUCUCUCAGUCAAACAACUCAGCUUACUCCCUACUUCAACAUUCCUUCCAGGGAUGCAUGCAGCUUAUUCACGUGGACGAUCAGUUGGUUGAUCUUCAUGCUGUAGAGCAAGGAGAGCAAGGGAGUUUUGCAAACGUCAGUAUUGACAUGUGUGGCAUUAUAGACAGAUGUGUCCCCAAUAACUGUGAGCAUGGCGGUAAAUGUACUCAGACUUGGGACAGUAUCAAAUGCAACUGUGAGGGAACUGGGUACACAGGCGCCACCUGUCACAACUCUGUCUAUGAACUUUCAUGUGAGGCCUACAAACACCUCGGAAAGUCAUCAGACUGGUACUGGGUUGAUCCAGAUGGCAGUGGUCCUCUGGGGCCUCUAAAGGUUUACUGCAACAUGACAGAGGACAAAGUUUGGACAACUCUGUUUCAUGAUCUGCCACAGAAUACAUCAGUCGUGGGUGCCAGUCAAGAAAAGCAAGUUGUACUCCAGUUGAAUUACAGUGCUUCCAUGGAACAAAUUUCAGCAAUUACCAGCAGUGCUGAAUAUUGUGAACAGCAUAUCUCCUACUUUUGCAAGAUGUCCAGAUUGCUCAACACUCCAGAUGGAAACCCAUAUACAUGGUGGGUUGGAAAAGGUAAUGAGAAGCAUCACUACUGGGGAGGUUCUGGUCCUGGAAUUCAGAAGUGUGCUUGUGGCAUAGAGCGGAACUGCAGUGAUAAUAAGUUCCACUGUAACUGUGAUGCUGACCAGAGACAAUGGAGGAAAGACAGUGGUUUCUUGUCCUAUAAAGAUCACCUACCAGUCAAUCAGGUUGCGGUUGGAGAUACAUAUCGCUCUUCAUCAGCUGCAAAAUUAUCUGUCGAGCCUCUUCGCUGCCAUGGAGACAAAAAUUACUGGAACGCAGCAUCCUUCACAACGCCGUCCUCCUAUCUUCACUUUCCCACUUUCCAAGGUGAAACCAGUGCUGACAUCUCCUUUUACUUUAAGACAUCUGCCCCUGAUGGAGUAUUCCUAGAAAACAGAGGAAACACAGAUUUUAUCAAGUUAGAAUUAAAGUCCAAUACUGAAGUGUCGUUUUCAUUUGACGUUGGAAAUGGACCCGUUGAGCUUGUUGUUAAAUGUCCAGCUCCACUGAAUGAUGACCAAUGGCACCAAGUCAAAGCAGAAAGAAAUGUGAAGGAAGCCAGCUUACAAGUGGACCAGCUACCAAUGCAAUCCCGCAAAGCACCCACACAAGGGCACACACGACUUGAGUUGUACAGCCAGCUUUUUGUUGGUGCUGCUGGAGAUCAAAAGGGAUUUCUUGGCUGUAUCCGCUCAUUGAGGAUGAAUGGUGUGACCUUGGACUUGGACGAAAGGGCAAAGGUUACACCAGGUGUAAAGGCUGGCUGCUCAGGGCAUUGUACCAGCUUUGGAAUGUACUGUGAGAAUGGUGGCAAAUGUGUGGAGAAAUACAAUGGUUACACAUGUGACUGUUCGAGGACGGCAUAUGAUGGGCCUUUUUGUAAACAAGAUGUUGGGGGGUACUUUGAGGAAGGCACAUGGCUGAGAUAUAACUUCCAAUCUGCAACAACUGCAGCAGUUGUCAGCCCCAAAGAACCAGCAAAUAUUCCUCAGAGUUCUGCAUCAGACAUUUCAUGGAUAAAAGAAGAAUUGCUAUUUAGCUUCAGCACAACCAAGGCCCCAUGUGUUAUCUUGUAUGUGAGCUCCUACUCACAAGAUUACCUGGCUGUUCUCCUUAAGUCCUCUGGUAUCUUACAAAUUCGUUAUAAUUUGGGAAAUACCAAAGAACCAUACAAUGUGGAUAUUACAGAUCACAGAAAUAUGGCAAAUGGCCAACCACACAGCGUCAAUAUCACCAGGGUCGGAAGGAAUAUUAUUUUCCAGCUUGAUCAUUACCCUCCGGCAACUUACAACCUUCCUCCGGCAUCUAAUAUCCAGUUUAAUGGACCAAAGGCCCUGUUCCUAGGGAGAGUUAUAGAGACCGGAAAGAUAGACCAAGAGAUCCAUUCGUAUAACACUCCUGGCUUCAGUGGCUGCCUGUCCCGAGUGCAGUUUAAUCUCAUCGCUCCCCUCAAGGCAGCUCUAAGACCGAACAACAACUCUCAAGUUUACAUCCAAGGGGAACUUGUAGAAUCCAACUGCGGUGCCUCUCCACGUACCAUCCCCUCAAUGACUUCCAACUCUGAUCCCUGGCAUCUAAAUUCAGAAACGGCAGAUAUUCCAAAUGAAGGACAGGCCAUUAAAGAUGGGGUGAACAGGAACUCUGCAAUUAUUGGAGGGGUUAUAGCUGUUGUGAUCUUCACCAUACUCUGCACGUUGGUCUUUCUGAUAAGAUACAUGUUCCGCCAUAAAGGAACCUACCACACGAAUGAAGCCAAGGGAGCUGAAUCUGCCGAUACUGCUGAUGCAGCCAUCAUAAAUAACGACCCCAACUUCACCGAGACAAUUGAUGAGAGCAAAAAGGAAUGGCUGAUCUGAGAAGAAAUGACAAGACAGAAAGUGGGAUUUAGGAGGAAGAUCUUUGAAGGACUGCGUCUUUCUAGUGCUCAGCUUCAGACUUCUUAUCACAAGAACGGCACUGCCUGGAAACAGCAAGGUGGCCAAUUAUACCGACAGCAUCAUGGAACAUAAACUUUUAGAAAGACAUCCAAAAUAUUUUUGUUUACUAUUACAAAUGUUUUUUUUGUUACUUCUGUACUCCCUACUCAAAACAAAUGAAAUAUCUGCUUUUAGAGUUUCAGCAUUGGUUCUUAGUCUUCAGUAAUUUCUGUCAUUUUUUGUAUGUGUUUAGAAGCAUUCUAAAUACUUAAAAAAACAAAAGGGCAAAUUUUAUACACUUUUUUAAGCCCUCAGUAUAUUGAUAUGUCUUAAAGAGGCCCACAAACAAGGUGUGUGUGUGUAUGUAUGCAUAUGAAUAUAUAUCACACACCUCUUAACUUUCCUAAAGGCUAAUCCUUUUUGUUACAUUUUCACUUUAGCGUAUGCAACAUAAAAAGGUUUACCUGACACUGCAUGCUUUACCAACAGAAACCGUUUUUGACAGCUAUUAUGAAUUUCAUUUAAUUCUCUAGGUGAGAUAAUUCGGCUUUGUUACAUUAAUAAACACUUGAGAAAUGAUAGGUGAAAAAAUGCAAAAUGGGUGUUCAUAACGGAUUGUUCCUUAGUUUUGAUAUUUAGAGGUGCAGUGUAUUUGCCUUGAGAAGUAACCUCUUAAGCCUCAAAACCAAUAAAGCAGUUUAUUGUGAUGUG